AUGUGGUCUUCUUCCGGCGGCAGCAGCAGCAAGAAGCCUGCUCAGUCAGAAAUGAUUCAAGUCGAAAGAUCUGACUCGCCGUUCUGGAGACCGCCUCCUCGAGGAGACACUGCUAAGCGAAGCGUCACAACGCCUGUGGGAUCAGGUCGCGAGAACCUGGUGAUUGGCGCUGCCUACUCCCAUGCCGAUAUUUUAAAGCUCGACUCGCUGAGCCUUUCGCGUACAAACUCCCGCCCCGAGACACCACCAUCUGGCGCCUCGAACUCCAAGUAUCGGUUUAAUGAUGCGUCGCCUCCGCCAAGAGCCUCGGGCGGCACGACUUCGCCCCCUUAUAAAAACUACAUAAACUUUCUCUCUAAUACGAACGACGACUGGAAAGCAGACGAGGACGAAAUGAUGGGUUAUGACGACGACGACGGGGACGACUUUGGGCUGCCAAGCCUCUCAAGCAUGAAGAGAAGAACGCGGCGGAGGGAGUCACAGCGCAAAGGGGAAGAUUCGACUACCCUCGCGCCCGCAGCGAUGGCUUCUACUUUGAACACGCAGGCGCGCCGAUACUCGAAUAGUGCCGAUAUCGCUAUCGAGCGACCAGCGCCUUCCUAUCCGAUGCCCAAAAAGAGCGAGGGCAAGAUCUUGCGACCUCAAUACAAGGAUAUCCUGAAAGCCAACGCUCUGCAUCUCAUCAGCUACCCACCGAUACCCAGCAAUGCCAGCUCAAAGGAAGCGGAUGCGAUCAGCUCGCGUAUCACACGGAUUAACAAAUUCAAGAAGCUACUGCAAGCAUCAACGAUACCCCUGCCGGAUCUGAGAGGAUUGGCAUGGUCUGGAGUGCCAGAGGAGGUGCGCGCAAUGACCUGGCAGCUGCUCCUAAGCUAUCUGCCCACGAACAGCGAGAGGAGAGUUGCGACGCUAGAAAGAAAGCGCAAAGAGUACCUCGACGGCGUCCGACAGGCUUUCGAACGAGGAUCCACCUCUGGCGCAACGGCCGGUCGGGCAAGGGGUUUAGACGAGGCUAUUUGGCAUCAGAUCAGUAUCGAUGUUCCCCGCACAAACCCGUCUAUUGAGCUAUACAGCUACGAAGCGACACAGAGGUCGCUCGAGCGCAUAUUGUACCUGUGGGCCGUCCGCCACCCUGCCAGUGGUUAUGUCCAGGGUAUCAACGAUCUUGUCACACCUUUCUGGCAGGUGUUCCUCGGUCUCUACAUCUCAGACAGCAAUAUUGAGUCUGGCAUGGACCCGGGGCAGCUUCCGAAGACUGUGCUUGACGCGGUCGAGGCAGACUCCUUCUGGUGUCUCACGAAGCUGCUGGACGGGAUCCAGGACCAUUACAUAGUCGCCCAGCCCGGCAUCCAACGGCAAGUUGCAGCCCUGAGGGAUCUUACGGCGCGCAUUGACUCCAAGUUAUCGCUACAUCUUGAGAAGGAGGGGGUGGAAUUCAUUCAGUUCAGCUUCCGCUGGAUGAACUGCCUGCUCAUGCGGGAAGUCAGCGUCCGCAAUGUUAUUCGCAUGUGGGACACCUACCUCGCUGAGGAACAGGGCUUCUCCGAGUUCCAUCUUUACGUCUGCGCUGCGUUCCUGGUCAAGUGGUCAUCGAAACUUGUCAACAUGGACUUCCAGGAAGUCAUGAUGUUUCUGCAGCGCCUGCCCACCAAGGAAUGGACAGAGAAGGAUAUUGAGCUCCUGUUGAGCGAGGCGUUCAUAUGGCAGAGUUUGUUCAAGGUCGCAGGCCACAUGUUGGAGCAAGAGUAA